UGCUAAUGUAUGUAAAAGACUGAUCGAUCCUGCAAGGAAUUCUGCCCUCGGGUGUUUCUCGUUGGUUGAGGUUUCUGUGUCCUUUAUCAUCAUCUUAUCGUCACAUCUUGUGUUUCCUUUUCCUCUUGUUCAUCUUCUUGGCUUCUAUAGCUAGUUGGUCUUGUGGUGCCACAGCUCUAUAGCUUUACCCCCACUUGUUCUUGACGGCUACUUGCAAAGCUCUUGUACUCAAAAGGAGAAGCAAACAGGAUACCCCAUUCAUUCAUUGGCAUUAUCCUCAUUCUUCUCGCUGCUACCCACCAUCAUCUUCCCAUUAUCUUCCUCCAUUGCUACCCAUUUGACUGAGCAUGUGCCCUCCCACCACUGCCACUAUUCUCCAGCAACCAAAACAGAAGAAAUCAACUCCUAUUACCAGUAUUCUUACUACUAGCACUACAUCUACAUCUACUAGUACAUCUACUAGUACAUCUACCACUACUACAAGAAGCAUGUCCACCACUGCCCCUGGCAUCCCCAAGGCAGUCAAGUUUGACCAAGUCUUUAUCCAUGAGUUUCCCGUGAUUCUGGGCGACAAUCCUGCCGUCUCCAGAGGUGCUCCACUGACCAUCGAUUGGAAACCCAUGGCACACGAUGUCAUUGACGUUGAUAUUUACGAGUAUCUCAGAGGACCCGAACGAAGACAUCGAAAACGAAUGAUUUUGUCCACCAAUAAACGAGCAAAAAUGCUCAUGAACGCUGGCUUUUCCAUUGACGAAAUUGCCGAAAUGACACUCCAAGUGGAUGAUGCCAAAAAGAUUAGAGCCGAAAAUGCACUCGAAGCUACCAGUGCGGCAUCCAAUACACCUCUCAGUGCACUCAAAGCACUCAACACGAAUAUUAUGGAACUCAUCACCGGAGCUGCCGAAGGUACUGGACGGACCAUCUUUUUAUCCGCCAAUGCCACUGGAUUGGCCGUUGGUAAAGUUGGAAAAGGAAUGGUCAAAGGAACUGGUAAGGUCGUUGUGGGAACUGGCAAAGUGGCCACCGAUGUUGUGGUGGGAACUGGAAAACUUGGUUAUGAUGUGGUGGUGGGAACUGGAAAGGUAGCCACCGAUGUGGUCGUUGGUACUGGAAAGGUAGCCACCGAUGUGGUCGUGGGAACCGUCAAGGGUACUGGAAAAGUGGUGGUGGGAACUGGAAAGGUGGCAUCGGAUGUCGUGGUGGGUACCGGAAAGCUCGUCAAAUCCACGGGACGACGCAUGUCCAAAAUGGUCGGACUCGGUGAAAGUGUCCAACGACUGGAAUACGGCGAGGAAGACGAGGACGAUUAUGGCUACGAAGAUGCCAGACCGUCCUCGGCGUACUUGAGCACCAGUCCACCAACACAACAGCCGCAGCAGCUGUAUCCACCGCGUCGAUUGUUCUCACGUCGAACGUCCACCGAAAGCUUGGCAUCGCGGCGUGGAUCCACCGAUAGUGGCGCCAGCAUGUCACGACGAGGCUCGGCGGAACAUCGAUCGUCCAACGGGUCGUCAGCAACUCAAAAUUCCAAAAAUAACACUCAUUCCAAACGAUCCAGAGACAGCGACAAGCAAAAACGACGUGGAUCGGGCAAUAGUGCCAUUGCCAGUUUUAAACAAUCCGUCUUUGGACGAGGUGUGCAACGCAGUGAGAGCAGCAAGGGCAAAUUGCAAGGUGGCGAUAAUAAUAGACGAUCCAAGAGUGGCAGCGGCAGUACCGAUGGAAGUCGCCGGGCCAGCAUGACAACAUCACCGACACCCAAAUCACGAUCGAGACCCUACUCCAAAUCUGCUACCGGAGCAGCUCCAAUCAACGGAACCUUCUCGGAACUCGCACAAAUGGAGCAGUUCUUGAACUACGUCCAAAACAGCGACCCACUCACCGUCAAACCCAUCAUCGGCAAUGCCUACAACAGCUCUUCCGACGAUCUAGAUUUUGAUCCUGACGAGGAGGCAGAUGCAAUCGACGGCAUUGAUAGCAGUGCAGGGUCUUCGACAGGCCGUCGAAAAGGCCCCAAGCCCCAAUAAAAAGAACGAAUGUGAUCUGCACACAGAUUCUUUAUUUGGUUUGUGUUGUGGUGGAUCGUGUUGACUUACAUACAUCAAUAUUAUGCGACAACUGUCUGUCUGUCUGUUUUCAUAUUUUCGCUUCAUAAACACCUGUUGACAAUUGAUACAUACAUCGCCUGACCUACCUGUCAUCGUGACAUGGCUCCCGAACAUUACCAUGCAAACGAUGCCCAGAGUUGAUCAUCGAGGAAAACUAACUUAUAAAACAUCAGCGCACUUGGCUUGGACGAGACUCGAAUGAAUCGAGUCGAAUCCAAUCUGCAAGCAGCGCCUUGCAGACAAAGAGGUGUCCCGUCGGAUUAGGAAUGACGAGGACGCCAUGGAAACGUACAACUUUGUCGUCGUCAGGUGUGACUCCGUUUUCGCUCGAACUUUGAAUAAGGCAGUUAGUGGUAGCGAUGGUACGUCGUAGCUUCUAAAGAUAUGCGAGGGUACGGGGUUCUGGCUCAUUUCCAACCCAAGCGAGUAUCGAUAGGAGGCUGCCUGGAGAGCCAGCCACAUCUACGGUACCAAUGGAGAAACGCUAGCUACUAAUGGCAAGCUUGUUGAUUCCUACGAACAAUAGCUUUCAUUAUGACCCAACGAAGUCAAAACUGUCUGCUUCCUCUUCGAUCUCAAAAUCUGAAGCUUCAGAAUCUUUGUCAUCCAACUUCUUGUUUGUGUUCUUGUUUGCGUAAUUUUUGAGUAAGAUGAGGCCCCGUCUUUCCAACUCUACAAGUGCUAAUUCAGUGCUCGAUCCAACAACAAUUCCAGCUGCUAUUGCAGGUAAAGGCCCUAAAGCAACUGUCAGACCAAUUGCGGUAAAAGCAGCAAGUGUUGCCCCCAUGAAUCGUGCCUUGUUUGUGUUCGCAUAAGUGCCAA